AUGGACGACGAAACAGUGUGUGAGUUAUUUCUUGAAGCUGAUAAAAUUUUGAGUGGUAGUACUGGGAUACAAACAAAAAUUAACAACUCGCCAGAAUAUCGUGAAUAUUGCCCCAAUAAUAAACCAUGCUCAAAUAGGGCUGAAAGUAUUGGUGCCUUGAGCAUGUAUUUGUUUACAAAUUUUUACAAUCAAGAAAGCGGUUAUUAUGAACAUUUUAUGAUGUGGUUAGCUCAUAAUUUAUUUAAGAUAGCUAAAAACAGAAAAAAUGCCGACGUCAAUAAAAUUACUUUAAGUUCGGCUUAUGAAAAAUAUUUAGAGACAUCUAUGGGGAAUUUUAGACAAUGGGAUAUUUUAAAUGAUGUAAGAGGUGUGAAAGAUACUAAUCUUAGGUAUAUGAAUGAAUUGUAUACGUUACUUAAACAUAUAUGCAAUAUAAUUUCAUAUUAUAAUAAUAAUAAUGAAAAACAUAAGAAAAUUUAUACGUAUUCUGUCAAGUGUCUUAAUCAAUAUAGAAAAAUUUACAAGGCCUUUUCUAAACAUGAUUCACAGCUACAUCUAUUGGACAAAUUAAAAAAAAUAUAUGACGACUUUAGAACUUUGGCUAUUGAGAAUGAUAUUGAUAAAAAAAAUAAGAUAGAACGUCGUCUUCUAGAACUUACAAAAAUGAAUGAAAAAAUUUCACAUUCUACGGAAAAUUUAAAAAUAUUUGACUUUGAUGAUCCAAAUGAUCAAUUGGAAGAUGAGGAUAUAUCCGAAAUUCCGGAGGAAAACAACACUCAAGAGGAGCAAAAAGAUCAUAAAACCGAAGAGAAGAAUAUUGUAGAACCCACCAAACUACAAAAUACAGUGGAUCAAAGAUCAAUCCAAAGAGAGGAACAAUCAGUUUCAGAAGGUGCAUCAAAAAUUUCAGGAAAUGAACCAGAAAAUAAUGGAAAAUUUCAAGGAAUUUCUAUAGAAACAACAAAAGAAAUUUUGUCACCGAAAACAAAAGAUCAAGCACUAUCUCAAGAACUACCUCAAUUAGAACCGAAAUUACAGCCACCAUCACCAGAACCAGAACCGCAACCACAACCACAACCACAACCACAUUCAGAAUCACCACCAUUACCACAACCACGGCCAGAAUCACCAACACAGACAGAAUCAUCAACACAUCCAGAACCACCAACACACCCAGAACCACAACCACAGACAGAAUCACCAACACAGUUAGAAUCACAACCACAGACAGAAUCACCAACACAGUUAGAAUCACAACUACAGAUAGAAUCACAGCUGGGGCAAGAGCCAGGACCAGAACCUCAGCUAGAAUCACAACCAGUACCACAAACAAUAUCACAGCCAGGGUUGCAAACUAUAGAGAAUGUGGAACAACCUGCAUCUACACAAGAAAACUCAUUGACGAGCUAUGAAACUAUAAAAAAAAUCACACAAACGAAUGUUUUAUAUGAUUUCUAUAAACUGCAUGUUUCAUCUUUUUAUAAAAACCUUACUAAAUAUGGAAAUCGUUUAUAUGAAAGUGCAUCAACUAGCUUAACAAAGGGUUAUUCUGUAUUUAAUAAUGUUGCUAAUGAUUUAAUUACUCAAUCAAAUAAAGUAACUGUUACAUUACCAUCAGUUGAUAAUAGCAUUCAACUAGAAGAUUCGGAAGAUGAUUUACCUUCAUCUGAUAGUCCAUCAGAAAUGUCCUUAUCUUCAUCGACAGAAUCUAUUGACAAAAAAACUGAUGAGAAUCAUGGAAAACAACAUGAAGGUGGAAGCCCAGAAACAAAUCCUGAAGGUGUAAGCCAAGAAAAAGAACCUGAAAGUGGAAGCCAAGAAAUAAAUUCUGAAGGUGGAAUCCACGAAACAAAUCGUGAAGAUAAAAACCACGAAACAAUUUUUGAAGGUGAAACCCAUGAAAAAGAUCUUGAAGACAAAGUGAAAAUAAGUGAAACUGAACAAUUAACACCAAUUCUAGUUCCUAAAGAGUCCUCAAAGGAUUCUAUCAAUAUAACAUAUUAUCAAGAAACUGGGAAACUUCCUUCGGAAAUCAACGUACAAAGAGACAUAUCUGAAAUAAAGGUACAAAAUGGUAUAUUUGAAAAAGGAUUUCCAGUAAAUUUAUUUAAAGAAAGCAAAUUAAUUUUAUAUUCAUUUAUAGUUAUUGCAAUACUCGUUAUGUUAGCAGUUAUGUAUAAGUGUUUAGGAUUUGGGCGGAGAAAAAAGGAGAAAAAAAAAAAAAAAAUGAAAAAGAUCAGAAAAUUGUGUGAUGAAAAUAAUACCGAAAAGUUGAAAUGCAUUCAUCGAAAAUAG